AUGUACACAGGCGGAGUGAGCUCAUUGGCUGAGCAGAUAGCCAAUCAGCUUCAAAGGAAAGAGCAACCCAAAACCCUUCUAGACAAGAAGGAACUGGGCUCGCUGAAGAAGGAGUUCCCCCAGAACCUGGGAGGCAGCGACGUGUGUUACUUCUGCCGCAAGCGGGUCUACGUGAUGGAGCGGCUCAGUGCCGAGGGCAAGUUCUUCCACCGCAGCUGCUUCAAGUGCGAGUACUGCGGCACCACGCUGCGCCUGUCCUCCUACGCCUACGACAUCGAGGACG